UCCCUUCAGAUCAAAACCCUAAUAACAGAGAGAGAGAGUCGCAGCAGCAGCAGCCAUGAAGUACAACCCGCGCGUCUCAAGCUCUCGCCGCAAGUGCAGGAAGGCGCACUUCACCGCGCCGUCUAGCGUUCGCCGGGUGCUGAUGAGCGCCCCCCUCUCUUCCGAUCUCCGGAACAAGUACACCGUCCGGUCCGUCCCCGUCCGUAAGGACGACGAGGUCCAGGUGGUUCGCGGGACAUACAAGGGCCGUGAGGGGAAGGUCGUCCAGGUAUACCGUCGCAAGUGGGUCAUCCACGUGGAGCGCAUCACACGCGAGAAGGUGAAUGGAUCCACCGUCAACGUCGGCAUCCAUCCGUCCAAGGUCAUCAUCACAAAGCUCAAGCUCGACAAGGAUCGCAAGGCCCUCUUAGAUCGGAAGGCCAAGGGCCGUGCCGCCGACAAGGCCAAGGGCAAAUUCACAGCCGAGGAGGUCUCCGCUGCCGCUGGAUCUGGCCCGUCCCUCCAAGAGGUCGAUUAGAUCGACGGUCAUAGUAAUGCCUCUUCUCUCUCUCUCUCUCUGUCUCUCUUUCUUUAUUGAAAUACUAUCGACGGUUAGGAUUUGAUGCUGUUUUUCUUUUAUAUUUUUGGUUUUGUUUAGGGGACUAAAUGUUAUGGUUAAUGCCGUUUUUGGUAAUUUCGGAUUUUGUUAUGCUAUCAUGCGCGGAAUGGAUUAGACUGUUUUUUC